AAUAAAAGCAUUUGACUCAUUUGAGAGAACGAGACGAUUUCAGUGCCCUAAUUGAUUAACCCCUAAUUUCCAAAGCCCAUUAUCUCUCUCUCUUUCGCAAAGCUUGAAGCUAUGGCUGCUCCAGUUGCUGACAUGGCAGGCACACAACCCCAAUGGGAGUUCAACUGCGACUUGGAAGUAGACUAUGAGUCUGAGGAGAAUGCUUCUAUGGUCUAUGCAGCAUUAGCUGUUGAUAAGGAGUUGCAGCCAGACAAAGUGAAAAGACAGAUGGAAGUGUCUAAUGGAAAGCUUAUAGUGCACUUUGAGGCGGUAGAAGCAAGAUUUCUUCGUGCAUCAUUUAGUGCUUUUGUGGACGUCCUUACACUUGCCACAAAAACGAUUGAAGAAUUUGGACAAGGAAUGGAAUUGUGACACCAUAUGUAAUUCACCAACUGGCACUGCUGGUUGUUCCGUGAAAUAGAUCAUUUUUUUUGUUUGUGACAUCUUGUUACCUUAGGCUGUAGCAAACUUUUGGUUAUGAGUUAUGAAAUUUCUUUUUUUUAUCUAA